AUGCCUAUUAAUACGUGCUAUCCCAUUGGAACCCGCAAGUCCAAACUCGCGGUUAUUCAAUCUGAAAUUGUUCAUAAGCAACUGAAGGAAAAUCACCCUGAAUUCGAUUUUCCCAUCAUGAGUCGCGACACCAUCGGCGACGAAAUUCUCUCGAAAGCUUUGUUUGAGUUUAAACACCAAGUCGCUAAAUCCUUGUGGACUCGAGAACUCGAAGCCCUACUCAUCGUCAACCAAUGCCGAAUGCUCGUUCAUUCUCUUAAGGACUUACCCGUUGAAAUGCCGAAAGGUAUGACCAUUGCUUGUAUUCCACGCCGCAACUGUCCUCUAGAUGCCAUUGUCUUCCCCAAAGGAUCCCCUUACAAGUCGGUUGCUAACCUUCCUCCUGGAAGCGUUAUCGGCACUAGCAGUAUUCGUCGUCGCGCUCUUUUGGCUCGCCAUUUCCCCCAUCUUCGAUUUUUCGAUAUUCGAGGAAAUGUAGGAACUCGUUUAUCCAAGCUUGAUGACCCAGAAUCUCCUUUCUCUUGUCUCGUGUUGGCCGCUGCAGGCCUUUUCCGUCUCGGAUUAAAAGACCGCGUUUCUCAAAUGCUAUCGGCUCCUUUCAACUAUUAUGCAGUUGGUCAAGGUGCCCUCGCUAUUGAGGUUCGUGAAGACGAUAAAGAAAUUAUUGAACUUUUGAAGCCUCUUCAAGACACUGAAACCACCUAUUGCUGCGUCGCUGAGCGCGCCUUAAUGAAACGAUUGGACGGUGGUUGUGCUAUCCCAAUUGGUGUUCAGUGUGAUUCCUUGGCAGUUUCAAGCUCUUCUUUUCAAGUCUCUUUGGACGGCAUUGUUGUUUCUGCCGAUGGCUUACGGUCUGCUUUCGCCUCAGGUAACCGCGUCAUCAAUUCUAUUGAAGACGCUGAGGAUUUGGGCACUCAAGUCGCGUUGUCCUUGCUCAAGAACGGAGCUGGUCCCAUUUUGGCAGAACACCAUCGCAGUAGUGAUAGUGAGGACUCUACAAAACAAGCAUAG